AUGGCUACCUUACUAGUUGACAUGUCUAUAUUUUUAACCAACUGUUCAGAAGAAAAUAGGAGAUCCUUGAAUGUUCCCUGGUCAAAUAACUUUAGAAGAACUAAUAGAUCAACUCGUGAUGCCACAUCAAGAACUUUAACAAGAAGGAGCUAUACAACAUUAGCUCAAAUAGGUUCAACUGUGAAGGCAGCAUUGGAUGCAAAUUCAAUUCCUAACAUAAAUACUAAUCAACAAAUCUCACCAAAUCAAUCUUCACCAGAUUAA